CACACGCGCACCUACCCCGACAACGGGCUGCUCACCUGGCUCAUCUUUGGAGGCCUCUGCCUCAUAGGGUGCUGGCCCUGUUGUCUGAUCCCGUUCUGCGUCGACUCCUGUAAGGACGUCAAUCACCAUUGCCCCAAGUGUAACAGACUCAUCCACGUCUACAAGCGCAUGUGAACACACACAAACAGCCAGAAAUCAACCUGUCUGC